AUGAAGAAAAAACACGAUACCAUUGUUUGUGAACCUAAAGAACUUCUGAAUGCCUCUCCCAAAGUAACAAAUUGUUGCAAAUCCCUGUGGGUGAAAUACAGUUUUCAGGAGUACAUGAGACUUGUCAGCUCCCAGCCAGUUUCAGCCUUGUCAAGGAACCCAGGUCACUAUCUGCCUUCUCAGCCCAAGGAGAGUAGCAGUGGCCAGAACCAUCACCAGGAGGAGAUAAUCCACAAGUUGGCCAUGCAGUUGAGAAACAUCGGGGACAGCAUUGAUUGUGGGAUGGUUCAAGAGGACAGUGAACGAAGGAACACAGAUCUACACUUUGAGAAGUCAACACAAAUGUGCAAACCCAAGUUCUCACAGGAGCUAAAGGUUCAGGACCAGGAUGACAGAAAGGGGAGGCUGACAGCAAAGAACCAAAGGAACACAUCAUGUGCAUGGGAGCUGACCCACUUCUCUACCUGUUGGAAGCAAGUCAUGCCUGACCGGAGGGAGUCCCACCUGCACCUGGUCCGUCUGCUUGCUGCCCUUGAACAGAGCGGAGGAUGGGCUGAGCUGGGUGUGGGUGGCUGUGGUGGGGAGAUGGCCAGCUGGCCACAGAUGCUACCUGCCAAGCACAUAUAGGCCCAUCUCCUGGUCCUCAGCUAAGAUGAAACAACCAUUGUGUUUAGUGACCUAUUUCCGGAGACAGGUCCUGCGCUCAGUGCUUUGGUGACUAUAUCUUCUCCUAUUGUAUUUUCUAAAAACAACUCAGGCAGGUAAGAUUGACAUACAAGAAGCUGUCCUAUAGUUAAUGUAUGUAACUUGUCCCUGACCCUAACCCUAAUACCUAGUUAAGAGAUACUCGAUUUAGAAUACUGCUCAUUAAUUAGAGGAUGGUUUUCAGGAGCAAAGGAAUUCAGGGACCAACCUUCUUCGGUCUUACUCUCCCUUGAAUCUGGUAAAUCCAAACACAUUAGGCCACAUGCUAUCUGGAGAGUGGCCACACGGGGGCAACAGUGCCCCAAACCCAAAGCCAAUUCUUCCUUCAUCCUGUCAAACCUUGUUCAUUCAGUGUUUACAGAUCAUGGUAGAGAUGAUGAAAAGUGUGACUUUGUUGAAUUUUUAAAAAACUGAAAGAAUUCUUUUACCUUGUUAAGAAUAGAACUUCAAGAGCACAUUAAGGCCCAGGGGCCUGGGAAAGGGCUACUACUAUGGAAUCUAUUCAGGUCUACUUAGGAAACAAGGAUGGCUUCUGGUCCACUUCUCUGCAGGAAGAAUUUGUGUCAACUAACAGCCCUGAAUCCACACAAAAUACUGCAGCUCAGAGGAAAACAAAGGAGAAUCAACAGCCUCUGGAAGCGGAGAAAGAACCACACCCAGGAACAAAGAGAGACCACAGCGACUCUACUCAGGCCAAUUUGCAUUUCUGUAGGGUUGUGGGUCAGGCAAAGUGCACAUCCUGAUGCUACCCUUUGGAACCUGUGAAAGCCUCCUGGUCCCUUCCUCCACGAGACACCCCCUACCCCUUUACAACUCCAUCCUGCUUCUUGGAACUCCCCUUCCCCUUUUUGAUGCCAUCA